CAAGCUGAGGAAAGGAAGCAGCGCCGGAGGAGGCAACAGGUCAGAUUGCUGAGGGGCAGGCGCACUCACAUCGUAGGGCAAAACAAGGUUUACCUUAUCUUCAGCCGGCACUGGGAUCAUAAACCACUGGGACAAAGUGCGUGGACUUAUGGCAAACAUGGACUAACAACUAAGCGGAGUAAGGAAGGCGAUUCGAUCAUUUGAAGUAGUAAAAAUUGUUCUACUGCAGAUCAAGUCAAAGCUUGUGAGAGGCGAACAGCAGGUCAAGAGUGCGAAGAAGUGGCCGGGAAAUGGCUGACGGUGGGAAGACCAGUUGGUGGAAAUCGAUGACCACGAAGAAGAAGCCGAAGGAACUGGCAGACAAGGGAGCAGGACUGGAGAAUGUGCAGUCGUCCACGGAUAAAACGGCGACUCAGGAGAACAAACAUCCCAAUUAUAUCGAGGAAAAAGAAUACGUAGACCCCAAAUCAGAAAAAGGCUUUAACGAGAAAAGCACACGCAGGAACCUGAAAAUCUCUCGCUCCGGACGUUUCAAGGAAAAGCGCAGAGUCAGGGCUACUUUACCGGACAGCCCCAAGUUUUUUGAAGGCAACGCGAAUGGAAAUACAAAUGAUGAAAACUAGUGCAAAAUACAAUUUCUAAAGGCGCUGUCCGGUGUAUUAAAGACCGCUCAACGAACUCUAAUGGGAGAUUUUACAGCCGUUAAUUUAAUAGUGAUAAAAGCUGAAAUUAAAGUGUCAAUUUAUAUUACCUUGAAUAUUUUAUGAAUUAUGUGUUAAAUAUUUAUUUGUUGUAAUGCAGAUACCUACUGGUGUAGAUUGAUUUUUACGGCUCCUGAAUUCUUUCCCUUUCAGGUGCAGAGACAGGCAGUGAAAUUCUCUGCGGGUGAGAAUUAUUAAGAAACGCUUGUUCUGAUUCAGAACUUUUUGGGGGAAAAUGAUUCAAGGUAUUAGUUUAUAUUGAGAACGCUACCUUUAGCAAACAUUUUUGUCUGUGGCUGUUAUGAAGCUUGAGGUCUAAAACAGCGUCAACUCCCGACCAAACCAAUUGUUUAUAUUUGAGAAAGGGGUUAAUUUUGUAAUAAAAUAAU